AUGGCUCUUGCUAUCACAACAACUGAUUCGAUUUGUGUGAUCUUAUUCAUUCUCGGUUUCAUUGGCAAUAUUCUCGGACUUGUCGUAUUUUCUUCUCGGCGCUUUCGUUGCUGUUCAACUUACGCGAUUCUGUCAUUAACUUCAUUUUCUAUUAAUAUCUUGUUUAUUAUACGUUACUCACUACUGCUCCAUUCGACUACACGACGAUGGUUGUCGGAACAUCUGGUUAGUUCGCAUUGGUUGCCAUGUAAAAUCUUUCGUUUAUCGUCGUCAUUCCGAGUGAUUUCAGCAUGGGUGACAGUCUUUUGGGUGAUUGAACGAUUUGUCUAUGUCACGUCACGUUUAAACCUGAUUGAUCGUCAUGUGAAAUGUCAUUUAAUUAAAAAAUAUAAAUUUUUAUGGAUGAUUAUUGUCAUUUUAAUUAUGGUUAUUAUUGUAACUGGCCCAACUGUGAUCUUUUUUUCACUAAAUUUAACAAAGUUCAAUGGAACACACACGACAAUACAAUGUACAUUUGAUGCGCAACAUACUUCAGACAAUUGGCAAAAUUAUUUCGUCGAACUAUCAUUUGGACUUAAUUAUCAUACCAUUCGCUGCUUAUUUUCCGAAUUAAUUCCGUCUCUCCUAGUUGCAUUGUUUAACAUCGGAAUUAUAACGUGUAUUCUAUGUACUUCUGCACAUGUCAAACGACGACAACAAUACAAUCAUCCGAAUCAAUUAUCUGCUACCAUCGGUACUGCUUCAACUAUCAAAGUUGCGGGUUCAGCUCCGAUACAUUUAUCCGACCGUAAUCCGACCUUUCAUCGGCAGUGUUCAUUAAAAGGAUCGACACAAACUAUGUCAGCAAAUGUACCCUUUGGAAAAAUGUCUUGGAUGAAUAUUGUUUUAAUACUGCAUUCAUUAUUGUUUUUUCUUUCGUCGUGCGUUGGUUCGCUUGUGUUUUUUUCCACAUUCGAUAUUGUCUUAUCGCAUUGGAUCAGCGUGAUCAUUCUCGCAACUAGUUCGCUGAACUUCUAUGUAUAUUGUCUUAGCGGUCAGCAAUUUCGACGUGAACUCGUGCGCAUAGCCAAACAUUACACGAGACACGUACAGAAAUUUUGCCGACGAAAAUGCUACUCAUCCGCUCGUCGUUCGUCUCCAACACAAAAUAUCUGUCAGGCUAUUUAUAUAGCUAAACAACGAACAUCUCCUCUCUCGCCAUAUGUGAAACCUUAUCCUAUUCGACAAAACAGAAAACAACUUGAAUGA